AUGACCGAGGAAGAGUAUCACAUGCAGAUGGCGACGAAGGACUGGACAACGAUUAUGAGUCUUCCAAUGCUUUUACUCGCCAUUCAGAUUAUUUUUGGACUGCGACAAUUUGUCAAUCCAGAGCUUUUGCACCAAAAUGAGCGAAUUUAUCAAACUCCAAGCCCGAGACGAAUGCACAAGCGAUUCAAUUCUAUCAGACACGAUUUUUGA